UUUGCGCAGAUGUGAUGUGCACAGACAGUACGAGUACUGGCGCCAAUACCUGAACAACAAUUUUUCGCACGAAAUUUAUCCACACAAUAGCUAGUACUUAUUGUCUGCUGGUUUGAUGGUUUUUCGAUUAUGUUACUUUUGCUGUAUGUUGCAUAGGAUUUAAGCCUUGCUAGUUGCCGUGUAUAGUCCCUAAUUCGCCCCUUUUUUGACUACCUGUUAACAGAAAGAAAUUCGUUAUUCCGUCUGAGCGCAUUUCAAAGCAGCCGAUUUUCUCAAAUUUCCAGUUUCAGCCCGUUGGCAGUUCAUUUCUAUUAAUCAUUUGUUGAAUAGCGGUACGUUGGUAUUUGUGACUGGAUGCCAAUUGUAUCGCGUUACGAAAGAGUUCGUAGUGUAGGGUAUCAGUAUGCAAAUACUUUUUAGUAACGGUUAUGAUAGAAGAGGCAGCUGAGUCACGUAUAACAGUUCUGCACUCGUAGAUAAGAGACUCGUUUUUCUAUGUAGAACUGUAUUAUUCACUGAAAGGAACUUCAACAAAACCAGGAGAGCUUUUACGUUUUCGAGUAACUUGCUCACUAUACAGAAAUCAUGCUGUGGCGGCUGGGGAUAGGUACAUUCUGUUAUUACAGGAACAUCACCACUCCUAGAUAUGGUCUUCAGAUGCAGAAAUCACUUGUCAAGAAACCUGUUCUACAGAAGCAAGGGCAUAUUCAGCAGAAAGCAUUUAGUCAUCAAUCAACCCCUAAAGUGUCACUGAAACUGAGCCUCGGUUUUAUAACUGCUCUUGGAAUAAGGCACUGGGCAGGCAAUUUGAAAGUUCUAUGUCAAGCUAGCAAUGAAGGCACCAGGCUUGUUGGAGUAGACAGCCAAAUUCCCGAGCCCAGUUUCGACUGGAAGAAGUUCUUGGGGAUGCUGUGGCCACACGUUUGGUACCUCUUGGCAGCUGUGGCGAGUGCUCUGGUUGUGGCUGUGCUGAAUAUACAAAUCCCUCAGCUGCUGGGUGGGGUGAUCAAUGUGAUGGCAACAUUCAUACAGGGGAAGGAAGGAAGGCAGUUCAGCAGUGAUAUGAGAGCCCCUGUUGUAAGGCUUCUUGGCAUGUAUUCAUUGCAGUCGGUAUUUACAUUCAUCUACAUUUAUCUUCUAUCAAGUGUUGGUGAACGAAUUGCUGCCUCAAUGCGGAAAAAUUUAUUUGCAUCCAUAAUGCGUCAGGAUAUGUCUUUCUUUGACAGGCACAGGACUGGAGAAAUUGUUAACAGGUUAACAAGCGACAUCCAGGAGUUCAAGAGCUCCUUUAAACUGUGUAUCUCACAAGGUCUUCGCAGCACUGCACAGAUAGUUGGCUGUGCUGUCUCUUUGUUCAUUAUAUCUCCCCAAAUGACUGCAGGUAUGAUGGUUGUGAUCCCUGCUGUAAUUAUAACUGGGACAUUAAUUGGAUCUGUUCUGCGUAAGAUGUCUAAGCAAGCUCAAGAACAGGCAGCAAGAGCCACAUCUGUAAGUGAUGAAGCGAUUAGUAAUAUUAGGACUGUAAGAGCUUUUGCAAUGGAGAGAAAAGAAUGUGAAUUGUUCAAUCAACAGAUUGAAGAAUCUCGCAAACUUAAUGAAACACUUGGUCUUGGUAUUGGCCUGUUCCAGGCAGGAACGAACAUUUUCCUGAAUGGUGUGGUGCUGGCAACCCUAUGUGCUGGUGGCUACUUGUUGUCUUUGGGGCAGCUAUCCUCUGGAGAUCUCAUGGCUUUUCUUGUGGCAGCACAAACAAUUCAGCGAUCUCUGACACAGCUGUCACUGCUGUUUGGCCAAGUGGUUCGUGGGCUAGCUGCUGGAGGCAGAGUUUUUGAGUACCUGAAUAUGGAGCCAACAAUGCCAUUAUUUGGAGGUUUGAAUAUACCCUUCCAUUCUCUUCUUGCCAAUGUAGUUUUCCGUGAUGUUACAUUUGCUUAUCCUUCAAGACCAUCCCAGAUUGUGCUUCAACAUUUCGAUUUAGAACUUCCUGCUGGAAAGACUGUUGCCAUUGUUGGUUCAUCAGGUAGUGGCAAAUCCACUGUAGCAGCACUACUAGAAAGGUUUUACGAUGUGGAUAAAGGUUGCAUUUCAAUUGAUGGUGUGGACAUCCGCAACCUGGAUCCUUCUUGGCUGCGUGGUAAAGCUAUAGGGUUCAUAAACCAAGAGCCUGUGUUGUUUGCAACAAGUGUAAUGGAGAACAUUCGAUAUGGACGACCUGAUGCAACAGACCAUGAGGUAAUUGCUGCAGCAAAGAUGGCAAAUGCCGAUGAAUUCAUCACUGCCUUCCCAAACGGGUAUUCGACUGUAGUUGGAGAAAGAGGUGUCACAGUAUCGGGUGGUCAAAAACAGAGAAUAGCCAUUGCACGGGCUUUGUUGAAGAACCCUUCAAUACUGAUUCUUGAUGAGGCCACAAGUGCUCUAGAUGCAAGUUCAGAGCAACUUGUCCAAAAAGCAUUAGAUAACGUGACUCGAGGUCGGACUGUGCUGAUAAUUGCUCACAGGCUGAGCACGGUUCAGAAUGCUGAUGUUAUAGUUGUUCUGAAUGAUGGUGUCAUUGUAGAGACUGGUACUCACAGUUCUCUGGUGAAAAAGAGGGGCUUCUACUGGAAUCUGAUAAAAGAACAACAAAAGGCUGAGCAGACAAGAGGUACAGCGUAGCCUCUUUUAUAUGGAUUGUUCUGUACCAAAUGAAGUACAAAUUAUGCCCAUGACCUUUAUAUUUACAGCAAAUAAAGAAAUAUAUAUUUAUUGUGCAA